AUGCGGCGUCUCCGCCUGCCCGGCCGACCCGGCGCAGUGCCCGGAGCCAGUCUGGCGGUGCACAGCAGAGCACAGCCAAGAAGGCAGGUGGCACCGCUGCACCAGGUCGGACGACCCGGUCCUCAGUCCUCAGUGCGGCAUCAGCGGAGGGGGAGGAGCCAUCAGGCGACCCUGUGCAGGAGAUGGAGGUGGGCGGUGGGAACCCUGAGCCUCCUGCCCCCUCUGCAGCCGAGGACCUGUCCCCCUCCACCACCGGCGAGGCUGCAGGAAAGACGGACUCCCCCGCUCCAGCCGCAAAGAAGCGCGGUCGCCCCAGGGCGACCGCCAGCAAGGUCAAAAUGUCGAGGAGGCGCGUGGACGAGGCGCCUGCCACCCUCGAGCCAGACACUGCUGCGGGUCCCGGGCCAGCGCUGGAAGCUCAGGCUGCUUCCCCGGUGCGGGUGCAGCCAGACGGCGGCCGGGAUGGGCCACAGCGCGGCACAGCACCGACCCUCGAUGAGUAUGCCGAGCAGGGCGAGCAGGGCGAGCGGGGCGGCCGCGGCCCCAGCCGUCUGCUGA